UGGGAAGAAUGCUCCUUACAUUGGUGGUCAGUGAGAAGAAUGCUCCUUACAUUGGUGGUCAGUGAGAAGAAGGCUCCUUACAUUGGUGGUCAUUGAGAAGAAAGCUCCUUGCAUUGGUGAUCAUUGAGAAGAAUACUCAAUACAAUGGAGGUUAGUGGGACGAAUGCUCCUUACAUUGGUGGUCAGUGAGAAGAAUGCUCCUUACAUUGGUGGUCAGUCGGAAGAAUGCUCCUUACAUUGAUGGUCAAUGGGAAGAAUGCCCCUUACAUUAGUGGUCAGAGGAAAGAAUGUUUUUUACGGUGGUGGUCAUUGGGAAGAAUGCUCCUUACAUUGGUGGUUAAUGGAAAGAAUUCUCCAGUCAGUGGAAAGAAUGUCCAAUUACACACCGGUGGCCAGUACUUUGAAUACUCCCCUUACAAU